AUGGGCUGCGCUGGAUCCACUCCCAAAGUCGAUGAGAACAGCAAGAAGCUGAAAAAGCCUAAGGCUUGGAAGCAUACUCAACCAAUUACACCAGCACAACUCAAACAGAUGCGUGAUGAAUUCUGGGACACGGCUCCACACUAUGGUGGCCAAAAAGAGAUUUGGGAUGCUCUAAGAGUUGCCGCAGAAUCUGAUUUAGCCCUUGCACAAACCAUAGUGGACAGUGCUGGAAUCAUCAUUUCAAAUCCUGACAUGACGCUUUGCUACGACGAGAGAGGUGCCAAGUACGAACUGCCUAAGUAUGUUUUGAGCGAGCCAACAAACUUGAUCCGCGACGGAGACAAUAUGAAGCUUCUUUCAGCAGUGUAUAGUAAUCUUAUUGGACACGCUGUAGACCAGCCACUGAACUCGGUUAUACAGGAGAGUGCUGACUAUGGUGCAUAUACACAUGUAAUCACCAGUCCAUCCUUUGCACUUGGAGAAAAACUACACACGUGCCUGUUUGCGAAAUGUAGUGUCAUUUAUGUGCAAUUCGCAUCGAAGUUGUUGCUGUCUAUGCCAUGUGAGUAUGUGACAGAACUCAGAAGAAAUGAAAUGCCUGUCAAGAACGACAGUUUUAUUUUUUUCUUUGGGGUGAAAGACCCUGGCAAGAACAACAGUAACAGGAAGCUGCCAAAGGGAGUAAAACUGGUAGGAUAA